CACAAAUAUCGUGUCGCUUUCAACGAAAAUAAAAUAAAAAGAAAGAAAAAAAGAAAAAGGAAAUAAGUAUAAAGAGAAAGAAAGAAAAAAAAAUCAGUGUUUUUUACUCGUUAGGCUGGUAAGGGAUGCGCGUAAACAUGGUAAACGAUCCGUAGGGUAAUGGGAAGAGUAGCUGCGCAGCUACGCCGGUGAAGAGUGGGGAUAGACAGUGGAUAGACUACCGUCGGGAAGCCGCAAUGGUGGGGAUAAGCACGAUGCACUCCGGGACACUAGCGUUAGUCAGUCAGAGUCAGUCGUUCGCCGGACAUGCGCCGGGUAGGAUGUUUAAUGUGUUUAUAUAUUAUUAUUUCUAUACCACGCGACACCAAACGGUUUUUGAGUUUCGAUUAAACGUUAGAAACGUGUCACCGGGAUUCGUGCAAGAAAAACAUUCGUUAUUCUCGUAGAGUGAUGGUGGGGAGGUGAUGAAGUGUUAAAUAGUUUCUCUCGUUAGAUUAACUAUUUGAUAGAAUAAUAUAUGUAUGUAUAUUUAUAUGUAUGUAUAUAUAUAUUCAUGUAUGUAUGUAUAUAUGUGUUAGUAGAAAGUUAAAUAGUAGUGCAUUUGGAUCACCUGUGUAAACAGCAGCGAACGUUUUUUUUAUGCAUCCUCGAGCUUCGAAACAUAAAUUGUAUCUCAACAGGAACGAGAGAAUAGGAUGUAUACAUAUAUACAUAUAUAGAAAGAAAGAAAGAAAGAGAGAGAGAGAGAGAAAAAUUACAAAUAAAUAAAUAAAUAAUGACAGAAGAAAUUCACUUUCCUUAUCUUAGCAUAACAACAAUAGAGUGAAUGUUGUAAACGACCGAUCAAGGAAAUUUCGAAGGGCUGGUAAACUGUUAUUGUUAAAUUUCGUGGAAGAAAGCGAACGUGAAUUAAUUUUCUUGAAGAACCGAAGACACAAAGUUAAUAAUAUAGAAUAAUAAUAUAAAAUAAUAAUAAUAAUAAUAAUAACGAUGAUGAUGAUCAUCGUCAUUGAAGUCGAAGUGUAAACGAAACCGACAUAUUAUUAUUGCGGGGAAGAGUUGUCUCUUGAAUAAUCUUGUUUAACGAUAAUAUAAUAAAUACGAAGGAGAGACAACACACUGUUGCAAAAGUGAACGACGGCGCCUUCUAGAUCGUCGAAUUGUCGGCGCCUCGACCAAUAAAGAGCGUCGCCACCUUUUUCCCCUUUUUUUCAUUUUUUCUUUUUAUCUUUUACGUGUGCUCUGUUAUUUCGACGAAGAAAGAAGAAAAAGAAAAAAGGUUAAAGAGAAGGAGGAAAGGAAGAAAUCGGAAUGAUUGGGAGAGCUAAAUUCGCAUGAAAUUUUGCUGAUGUUGAUUGUUAAAAGAAGAAGCGAUUUGACACCGACGACAAUUGUGACUCGUGUGUGUGUUGUUUGUUCGUUUAUUUAAAUUCCUCAAUUUAAAAACGUGAUUUUAUUUCGUCUAUUGGUUUUCUUAUUUUUUUGUUUUCGUAUCGCGUGGAGCUUCAAGAAAAACGAUGUUGACUAUCGAUUGAAUAUCAUUUAUUGUUUAUCGUGUGGCGGGUUAGGUUGGGAAGAGGGAGAAGAAGAAGUAGAAGAUUGGUGGGAAGUUUAUCAAGAAGGAAGUGAAGAAUAAAGAAAAGCUGGUGGAGAUGAUGAUGGCGCCACAGGUGGUGGGUGUUCUGCUGAAGAAGCCAGGACAGCAGAACCACCCGCGCAUAACGCCCCUCGAUCGACAGGAAACCAAAAUUAGGGGGGAGCUAUACGUUGAAAACCUGGCCGAGAGGAGGACCGUCAUGAUCAGGAUGGGAUGGUUGUGGGUCGAGGGUACUUCAAUGAAGUUGGCUCUAAGGGCAUUGAACCUUCGUCAAGCGGCACCCAGUCUCUGCCAGCCUCAUGCCCUCGCCCUUGGAUUUACUCUGAGCGAUUCUCAGGGUCACUCGCUUGCUACGUUUUGGGCCGACACAGAACCGAUAUACUGGUCUUGGGUGAAAGCGAUAGCAACAGAACUGGUAAGGCAGACUCCGUUUCGUGCUCGAAGAUGUCUAAACUUUUUAGAGAUCCUGACAAUAUGUCCGAGAAGUCCGGCACCGUUUCCAGAGAGUCUAGCAGAAUCUAGAAGACGUUCACGUAGUGAGUUUCGUUGUUGGCCUAUCGAAUCGUCAUCGAUAGACGAUGGAAGUACGAAAAAUUCAACUAGUAUAUUGGAAGAAUCUAGAAGAAGAGCGAGAAGCGAGUUACGCGGUUGGUCGAGCAGUAAUUCAAGCGACGAGGACAAUUUAGGUGAAUUUCGUAGUAUACCAGCAAUAAUAUCAACGAAGGAUCAUCAAACGGUCUCGAGAACGUGGGGUUGUAGCGAAAGUAGCGAGGGUAGCGACGAUAGUCUUCCAUGGGGUGUCGGAAUAUGUCGAUCUAGUGUAGAUUCCGUCGAUUCUACGGUUUCCUUGUCGGAACCUGAGACCAAAGAACAAAGGAUACAAAGGUACAAGGAAACCCGUAGACGUGAAAACGAAGCAAGAAGUCGUCGUGUUUUAGAAGAAGAUGCUAGGAGACGUAAAGCAAGAGCCGAAGAAAAUAACAACAACAACAAUAAUAAUAACGAACUUCCAAAAAUUUACGUGCCUAAAAGCAAAUAUUAUUCCGUCAAUGAAAACGACGAUCAUCUAACUCGACGAUCACCGAAAAAAGAAUCGUCGAAUAAUAUUACGACGACCGAGUCGACCGAAAUAAUUCGAAAUGAGAACGAUAGAUUACCGCCUAUCAAACCGGUUGAACCAUUUACUGUUAGAUUCGAAGAGACCGAUAGAACCGUGGACGGAAACGAUCCAACGCGAUGCAGUAACGGCACAAUUACCAAUGGUAUCUUAAGGACAGAUGCGAAUAACGAAAGAAGGAGUCGAACUAGAGAGAGGCGAAUUUUUCGAGAGAAGGGUCAAUCGCAGCAGUCUCAAGAAGUAACGACGAGUAAUAACAACAACGUUGAAAGUUUACAAGAACGAAAGGAACGAUUGGCUGCGAUAUCAUCGAGAAUACCUGUACCACGUCAAUUGUCAUUAGGAAAUGAAAGAACGAUUAAAUCCGUUACGAGUGCUGCAUCGUUGAUUGAUGGUUGCAUGAGUUUGCCUAGAUCUGCUACGACGAUGGCUCUGUCUAUAUUAAAGGAACCACCUUGCGAGGAGGAUGUUGCCAGAUUAUUGGAAAGGUGUCAAAGGGUCGAUCAUUACGUACCAGUUCGUGAAAAACUCACUUUGUUUGAAUCACUCUCAAGAUUGGGUGGUCGUUUGGCACGAAGUACAGAGGAUCUUGGUAGAUCCGAAUCGAAACCGAGUCCUAGGGGAAAACAACGAGCGAGAUCUCUUCACGAUUUAAAUCGUGGUGGUGCUAGGUCCGUACCGGUACGUGAAAUGUGUCGAUUUUUCGAGGGUGACGUUCGUGACACCGGUCAGAGUAGCAAUCAAUCGCCAACGAUUGUUAACAACAACAACAACAAUAAUAACAACAAUAAGUAUUCGACGUUGACGAAAAAUUCGGGUAAAUUAAACGAAUCGUUAACAACAAUUUCUCCGAGAAACACGUGGAAGGAUAAUAACACAACUACGUCCAAUAAAAGUAACAACGAUGCCGCCCCUUGCGUUAGAACGUCCACGAGAAAGAAACAUUACGCUAAGUAAGUGAUUUAUUCUCGCGAUAAUUAAUUAUUAGAACGAAAUGAAAAGAGGAUGACUACGUAUAACAUUAGAAUAAAAAAAACUCUUCUUGGAUAUCUUUUUUUUUUUUCGAGGGAACCGAGAGAGACUUUCUCUCUCGAUUGCAUUGCGUUUCUCGUUUUACGAAGCUUUCAACGAUUCUAUCAGUCAUUUUCUUACGUGUUCAUAAUACGAUCGUCCGAUAAACUCUAAUAUAAACUUAUGUUAUAAGUACGUUGUAUAGAAAUCGAGCAAAUAAUUAGAUAUUACAUAUAUUACAUAUAUUAAAAAAAAAAACAACAACAACAACAAGAAAAUUUCUUAUACAAAAUAUUGGAAUCAAUAUAAUUGUGUUAUGUGUUCGCCCGUUCUUUAAAUUAUACAUAUAUAUUCCAUUUAUUUCAAAUGACUCUUCGCAUAUCAUACGAGUCGCGUAUAUAUUUCAUUUCCAAACAGAUUUGUCGUUAAAAAAAUUCAAUUUCGAAAAAAAUUUAUCUCACAAUUAAUAAUAUCGACGAACGAUUACGCGUAUUUGAAAUGUCAAAUGUGAUUUGAAAAUGAACGAUUGGAUUUUUUCUUUCUUUUUCUUUUUUUUUUUUAUUAAAUACUAUUAUUAUUAUUUUUUCUUAUUUUUCGAUUUCAAACGAGAAAGAGAGAAUUAACUACUCCUAAGAGAACAUAACGCGUGGAGUAUGGAACUCAAGAGAUCGAGUUAACAUAAGAUUUCCGUCGAGAGAGGGACGGGAAAAGAUAUGGUGGUGGCGAAGGUAGAGGAGGAGAAAAAGGAGAAUGAGGAGGAGGUGGAAAGGUGGCUAAGAGGGAGUUGGGGAGGGGGGAGAGGAAAUCAGGGAAACCGGUAAUUUACGUUCACCGAGCGAUUGCAGCAAUGUCGAACACCUGUGUGGACAGGACUCUCAAGUAUAACACGUUGAUCGCCUUUACGGCUGACUUCUUUAAUUAUAUAUAUAUAUAUAUUUUUUUUUUCCCCCCUUUCCACCUUUCUUUUCUCUUCUCGUUCACCUUAGUGCCAUUUUUCUAUGUAGACGUAGAAACGUAGGUAAGUAAAAAAUCGAAUAUUUAGAUUACUUCUCGAUGGAAAUAUAAUAAAGGAUGAACAAUAAUUUCAUUUUUCGUUUAGCAAAUUUGGAACAUCCGCUCGUUCGAUUAACAACGAGCUUAUGAUUUUACUAUUACUGUUACUACUACUACUACUACUACUACUAUUAGUUCUAUUACUAUCAAUGUUGCUACUAUUACUCCUACAUUGGCUACGUCGACUUCCGCUUAUUUCCAAUCGAAAUUCUCAUUUCCGUUCUCGUUUCUCUCUCCCCCUUCUACGUUAUUUCUCUCAGUCUCUCUUGAAUUUUUAGAACGCGAUCGGAUAAUUUCGUAAUAUGGUACUUCCUUUUUUAUUUUGUAUAUUUUCUUUUUCGUCGUUCAUGUUUGUAUAUGUAUAAAUAUAUAUAUAUAUAUAUAAUAUACACAUUAUAUAUAUCUAUCUAUGCAUACACGAUGACAAAUAUGUAUCCUUCGAAUCACGUUUUCGUAGCGGUCUUAUUCAAACAAGCGUAAAAAAUUCGUACCGCUCGACACGCGAAUUCUUUUUUUUUUUUUUUUGAAUGAAAUGAAAAGGAAUAUAAAAAAGA